AUGGAGUUGGGAUACUUUUGGUCAUUUUUCUACUUCUAUGCCGCCAUUUUCUUCCUGUGCCUUGGUCUGACUGAUUGCGCGCUUGGUGGGAAUGAGACAUACCGGUUGGCUUUGCUUGAAUUCAAGGCCGGGAUAACUCAUGACCCCCUUGGAGUUAUGAGCUCAUGGAAUGAUUCCAUGAACUUUUGCCAGUGGCAAGGUGUUACUUGUGGUCGCAGACACCAGAGAGUCAUUUCACUGAAUCUCAUGUCUCUGCAGCUUGCAGGCUCCAUAUCACCGCAUAUUGGAAAUUUGAGCUUUUUAAGGGAGUUGCAUCUUGCUAACAAUAGCUUCAGUCAAGAAAUCCCUUCUGAAAUUGGUUUUCUAAGCAGACUGCAGUAUCUCUAUCUCCACAAUAAUUCGCUUGGCGGUACAAUUCCAUCAAAUUUAUCCAGAUGCUCCAACCUUAUCAAUCUUAAUGUGAUAAACAACCAGCUUGUUGGAGAAAUACCUAUGGAGAUUGGAUCCCUUUCAAAGCUCAGAUUUUCUUUAGCAAUGCGCAACAACCUGACAGGAACUAUCCCAUCUUCCUUUGGCAACUUAUCAUUCCUUGAGACACUUGGUGCAGCCCAGAAUUACUUCAGUGGAAGUAUUCCCAAUGCUCUAGGCAAACUAACGACUACUAAGGCGCUUGCCUUGUCUUCAAACACAUUUUCUGGUACAAUCCCUUCUUCAAUUUUCAAUCUCUCCUCUCUAAAAGAUUUAUAUUUAGGAGACAACCCACUCCAUCCUGGCAGUCUUCCCUCCAAUCUAGGAAUCUUACUUCCAAAUCUUCGACGGCUUGGAAUGUACAAGGUGCCUACUUUUGGGAACUCACAUGGGCUUCUAUACUUUUAUAUCCAAUCCAACUUCCUUGGAAGUGGGGGAGUUAAUGACUUGAGUUUUCUCUCCUCGUUAACCAAUGCCACAAAGUUACAACUUUUGGCUGUGAACAACAAUAAUUUUGGAGGGAUGUUGCCUCAACAAAUUAACAAUUUCUCAACUAUGCUUGAUACUAUGUGGUUUCAUGACAAUCAUAUAUUUGGAAACAUACCAGCAGGGUUACAAAAUCUCAUCAACUUAAUCUACUUCAGGGCGGCAAUAAAUCAGCUCUCAGGUAAAAUUCCAACUGUAAUUGGAGAGCUUCAAAAUCUAGGGCCAGUGGAUUUAAGUUUUAAUAAGUUAUCGGGGCAUAUUCCAGCUUCUAUUGGGAACUUAACCAAUUUAUAUGCAAUUUCUUUAGCAAGAGACAAUCUGCAGGGUGACAUUCCUUCUAGUCUUGGAAACUACCAAAAUUUGCAAGAGUUGCAUUUGUCUUAUAACAAUCUAAGCGGUUCCAUACCCGCACAAGUUAUAGGCCUUUCUUCCUUGUCGGUUUACCUAGACUUGUCUCAUAAUCGAUUGAGUGGUGUCCUUGCCUUACAAGUUGGAAAUCUGAAAAAUUUAAAUGAACUCCAUUUAUCUCAGAACAUGUUGUCAGGUGAGAUUCCUAGCAGUCUGGGUAGUUGCGUGAUGUUAGAAUUUCUAUUCAUCCAAGGAUCCAUUCCUUCAUCUCUGAGCUCACUGAGAGGCCUUCAAGAAUUAGAUAUUUCAAACAACAAUUUAACAGGUCAAAUUCCAGAAUUUUUAGGGGACUUAAUCUACUUGGAAGUUUUGAAUCUAUCUACAACAAUUUUGAGGGUGUGGUAUCAGUAA